GGUUCAAUGCCUUUGCCAUUGGCCCACUGCUACCGUCAACCACGUUGCCAUUGGAUUCUGUCCUGUCUAGAUGCUCGAUCUAGCACUACUCAUAUACAGCACCUAAGGACACCUUCGUGCAGAUUAGCGCUGCAAUCAACUUCUUGCCCCUCUCAAAUGUCAGUGCUUGAGGUUCCGGAACGCAAGCAUGGCAUUCUUAGCUCCGAAGCUGCUGAACACAGCAUCAACGACACCCCGUCUUUUUCCGAGGCAAGCCCAGUUCCUCCUUGAUAAUUGUUUCCUCCUCCAUCCAAAAUUAGGCAAGCACUUAUGCGCCCGCACUGUCACAUGCCCGUCAAAUCCUCAUCUACACAGCUCACCGUCAGCAAGCAUUUCUGCUUCACAUAGCUGCCUUCCAAUCCAUUCCGCAGCUCCGAAGCCCUUUUCAAAAACAGUCUCCAAAGCAACAUGUUCCUCCCCGCACCAACGGAAUGUCACUAGCCGUGCAGGGCGGCCGCUUCUCCUGCCGGUGUCAGAAUUGGAGAAUGCUGACAUCAUCUAUGCAACAGCGGCAUCCCUGGGUCAUGACGACGAGGGUCAUCCGGAGUGCGCGCUGCGAGUGCCCGCCAUCAUGGCGGCCCUCGAGAAAGCGGAGCUAGACGCUCAGAGCCGCCCGAAAAGCGUCCUCGAGCUGCGCGACUUCUCCCCUGCGACCGCGUCUGACAUCGCGGCCGUGCACACUCCAAACUACGUGCAAGGCCUGCAGAAGCUGAUGGAGCAGGCGCCGCUGAUCGUCGACGGAACGGGACCCACGUACGCAACGGAAAAGACGUUCGAGGAUGCGUCGCUCGCGGCGGGGGCGGGAAUCGCGCUGGUCGAUGCCGUGGUAGCAGCGUCGAAAGGCAGCCGACCCCCCCCCUCCGGGUUCGCCAUCAUACGCCCCCCCGGCCACCACGCGGUGCCGAUCGGUCCGAUGGGCUUCUGCCUCUUCGGCAACAUCGCCGUCGCGGCCCGGCACGCGCAAAACGCGCACGGGUUAAGGCGGGUUAUGAUCGUUGACUACGACGUGCAUCACGGGAACGGCACGAACGACACCUUCUAUGAAGAUCCUGACGUGCUCUUCUUGUCGACGCAUCAGCAGUACAGCUAUCCCGGGACGGGCAAGCCCGACGAGGUGGGAAAAGGCGCCGGCGAGGGCGCGACCGUGAACCUGCCCCUCCCCUGGGGCUCCGGAGAACAGGCAAUGGCUUACGUCACGGAUGAGGUCAUCGCCCCUGCCGCGCAAAAGUUCAAGCCCGACAUCAUCCUAGUUUCCGCGGGCUUCGACGCGCACUACCAAGAAACGAUAGCGGGCCUCCAGUUUACGAAUAGAACGUACCAUAAGCUAGCAAAAGACAUGCGCACGUUAGCGGACGAGUUGUGUGGGGGGAGGAUUGUGUAUUUUUUGGAGGGGGGUUACGAUUUGCGGUCCUUGUCGGCGAGUGUAGCGGAUUCCUUCCGGGCGCUGCUCGGGGAGAAAAGUGCGGAUAAAGUAGACCCCAGUUUGGCGCUCGAGUUCGAACCAAUUGGAUUAGUGGAGCAGGCGGUGAACGAACUACGAGCCAUUCAUUCGGAUUUCCGGUAACGAAUUCCAAGGUUUAUUGAGGAUACUGUACAUAUAUGAACGAGUUGCGCAUACGGGUCUUUAUUUCGGAAUCAUCAAGGGGUGCGGAUCAGACUCUGCGUCGAGGCGCGGGCACGCCCCGAAAUCAACGUCCGAGCGAUUAUGGUCAGCGUCCCAUAGGGUGCCCUCGUUCAGCCUCACUAUUGCGCCUGGUCAGUGAGCUUGGCCUGCGGCCCGGGAAGGUCCGCCUUCGGCCCGACGUUUUCCGCCCGGGGCAAGCACGAAC